AUGUGCUUUGGGCGUUAUUAUUUCUUCAAGGAAGACGAUUUGAGGGAAAACACUACUCUAGGAAGCGGCCCCGGAGGCCAGGCGACUAACCGUCGUAAACAAACAGUCAUCUUAAAGCACAACCCAUCGGGAAUUAUUAUUCGUUUUAGUCGUUUCCCCUCAUUAUGGUGUAACAGGCGUGCGGCCCGUGAGCUUCUUAAUCUGCGCUUAGAAGAGAAGCUUCUUGGAGAAGAAUCUAGACUGGGGCAACUGAAGGCAAUGAAAGAACGCCGUUCUCGACGACGGCAAAGACAAAUAGACCGACUUUUAGCAAAAAGUAACGCAGCUAAGCUACAGAGAUCCACUCAGAACGACUAUUUAUCCUUUUUGAAAGGUCUAAAGCCACUUCCCCCAGAGGCUGUGGCUCAAAUUGAGCCCACUUGCCGGACUUUUUCCGGCCAAAAUUUUUUUAUUUCAACUCUAUUCGGUGCUGAGUGCAAUAAUUGGUGGCCGAUACUUCAAGGAGCCUUUUCGCGCGCUAAUAUGUCGUUCAGCCAGGAUGGUAUAACAGUUGGUUCUUCAACAACAAAUUUUGUCUUCCUACCACUUUUAUUUGAAUACCUUUUUCCCCUACCUACAGUGUCGUCCAACGAGGAAUCUUGCCAUUCUGAUAACCUCCAGUUGGAGCGAUGUCGACACGAUAUGGUUGCGUUGGUGAAUGUCCAGCGAGCCUUCCGGUGUUUUUGUGAGCUGUUUGGGCUGCGAUUAAAAGAGCUGGCAUCAGUGGACAGUUUGCCUGGCGUUGCUUUAGUUACUGAUGGAGCGAACUGGCUUGAGCUGAAGGCUCGCAUGGCAGAUCCUCUUGACGGUCGACCCACUGCUUUUGCUAGGGUAGCAUGGCCUCGUGUCUAUUUUAGUUUAAGAGCACUGAAACUAAUCCCGGAGGCAACCUCUGUAAAAACUUUCUUCCGGAGAGAAGUGAGGAAACAUGGAUCAAACUGGGCUAAAGAAAUACUCAAAACAAUAUCUAGAGGAAUCUAG